ACGGACAAUGAACGAUAAAUGAUCGAAUUAAAAUGAAUCCGGUCUCAUAAUGCUCCACCCGCGGUUUUAGUUCGUUUCCAAGUGUUGUUUCUGCCAUGUUGGCCGCACAGUUCAGAGCACUGACGGCCUCCGAGAGCGCUCUGUGGCUGUGCAACGACGAGAACAUGCCUCCGGGGUUGAGUGAGAGCUGGGUUAGUGCGCUGCGACCGUUAGGCAGGCCGACGGUGAGGUUUUCGGCACGCAGCCGCCUCCAGUCGCGAGGAGAUGCGUGCCGCGGCUGGUCGGCCGCUGCUGCCGGCGGUGCGCCGGCGGCUGGCGCGGCCCGGCGGCUGGCGCGCGCCGGCGCUGGCGCUGGCGCUGCUCUGGUGUGUCAGCCGUGCGCUGGUGCUGUUCCCCGGCGAGACACUGCGCGACAGGACCCUGUACCGGCUGACCGUGCUCCGCGACACGGGCAACGUCACCAUCGUCAGGGAUGGCUCAUCGGUGCCCGACUCGCAGUUCAGCGCCGCCCAGAAGCGCAGCAUUCGCACUGCGUACAAGUGGGUGGGCACCAACACCACCUGGUGCCGGCGGCAGGCCUCGUUCGGCGGACAGGCCUACUCCAAUCGCAACUGGGAGUCACGCAUUCAGGACGGCGACCGACCCGUCUGCCUGGACAGCGAGUUCUCCAUCUCCGACGAGCGGUCGCCGUGCGUGGUGUACGCCUAUGGUGUGUCCUAUGACUGGACGUUCGAUGACGGGAUGGCGCGUUUCGGCUGCGAGGUGCACUCGUUUGACCCGUCGAUUGGUGCACAGCCGGCGCGCCGGCCCAGCGGCGUACACUUCCACCCGGUCGGACUGGGCCGCAACGACCACGUGAACGCGUACGGCUGGCAGAUCUGGACACUGGACCGCGCCAUGCGCGAGCUGGGCCACGACCACCUGCCGCGUCUGCAGUACCUGAAACUGGACUCUGAGGGCUCCGAGUGGGACAUGUUCUCCCAGCAGCUGUUCGACGGCGUCGGCCACCAGGCGCUCGACAAGUUCGACCAGAUCGGCGUGGAGGUGCACAUGCGCAAGGCGGCCGAGCGGGAGAUGGAGUUCUACGAGCGUAUCGCCAACGUUACCGUUCGUCUGUCCGAGCUGGGCUGGGAGGUGGCGCAGGCGACGCCCACCAAAAUCUACCCGGUCUGGUUCCGGUUCCCCGGCCUGGACGAGCCCGUGCCGCUCAUGUACGAUCUCCUGCUAGUCAAUCGCAGGCGCGCUAAUAGAAAUAAUCAUUGACUCUAUGAGCAAGCUGUUUCGGGCUCGGUGCUAGUGGGCAUCAGGGUUUAUAUUUGUAUUAUGUGUAUGUAUCAAUACAUGUGAUAGCUUUA